ACACAUCUUCCCUUUCCACCUGCUCCUCUGACCUACUCCAUCCUCAACCAAACACCAGAACCAUGACCUGCUGUGGCUGCUCAGGAGGCUGUGGCUCCAGCUGUGGGGGCUGUGGCUCCAGCUGCUGCUGCAAGCCUGUGUGCUGCUGCAAGCCUGUGUGCUGCUGUGUGCCAGCCUGUUCCUGCUCCAGCUGUGGGGGUUGCAAGGGAGGCUGUGGCUCCUGUGGAGGCUGUAAAGGAGGAUGUGGCUCCUGUGGAGGCUGUAGCUCCUGUGGGGGCUGCAAGGGAGGCUGUGGCUCCUGUGGGGGCUGCAAGGGAGGCUGUGGCUCCUGUGGAGGCUGUAAAGGAGGAUGUGGCUCCUGUGGGGGCUGUAGCUCCUGUGGGGGCUGCAAGGGAGGCUGUAGUUCCUGUGGGGGCUGCAAGGGGGGUUGUGGCUCCUGUGGGGGCUGUAAGUCCUGCUGCUGUCAGUCCAGCUGCUGCAAGCCCUGCUGCUGCCAGUCCAGCUGCUGUAAGCCCUGCUGCUGCCAGUCCAGCUGCUGCAAGCCUUGCUGCUGCCAAUCCAGCUGCUGCCAAUCUAGUUGCUGCAAGCCCUGCUGCUGCCAGUCCAGCUGCUGCAAGCCCUGCUGCUGCCAAUCUUGCUGCUGCAAGCCCUGCUGCUGUGAAUCCUGCUGCUGCAAGCCCUGCUGCUGCCAGUCCAGCUGCUGCAAGCCCUGCUGCUGCCAGUCCAGCUGCUGCAAGCCCUGCUGCUGUGAAUCCUGCUGCUGCAAGCCCUGUUGCUGCCAGUCCAGCUGCUGCAAGCCCUGCUGCUGCCAGUCCAGCUGCUGUGCCCCUGUGUGUUGUCAGUGCAAGAUUUGAUGGACUGGCCACAGGCUUCACAUGGUUUCCCUCAACCACAACUAUGGAGGCUUCUCGUUUCAUUUUUCCCUGGCCACUUCCUGAUCCUGUGGUCCUCUGGCAUUUUUCUCUGCAGCACCACAACCCACAUAUCUGUUUCAUUCUCCUGGAGGAAGUAUACAUUCCAACCCUCAGGCAUGCCCCUACUCUAUGCUAGUCUCUACUUCUGCUCUGGUCUACCUCUUCAACUCUUCUAAUGGACAAAAAACACAUUUCUGUGCUUUGUUAAGAAUGUCCCAGACUUGCUUUUCCUGCUUCUCUGACUGUAAGCUCUGCCCAACAGGGCUUCCUUCCUGUGACAGUGGGAGAGGUUCCCAUCUUUGCUUGUUAAAAUUGUAUUAAAUCCCAAUUUAAUAAAAGGUUCUUUGUUCACUA